AUGAUAAAAAGUGAAUCAACUACAAUGUCACUGAAUGAAUCUACACUGACUGCUACUUCCGGUAACUCAAUUACAAAACCGAAACCAAAGAGAAGAGAAAAGAAUAUCGAGUUGAUUGAAGUUGGGGGUAAAAAGGUUAGCAAAACUUCUACAGGUAAAAGAAAAUUUCAUAAUAAAUCCAAGAAUGGUUGUGACAACUGUAAAAGAAGAAGGGUGAAAUGUGAUGAAUCAAAACCACAUUGCCAAAAAUGUGUCAAUAUGCAAUUACAUUGUGUUUAUACACCACCUCAACCAAGGAGAUCUAAAGGGAGAAAUGAUACUACUCGUAAAACUAAGAGUAUGUCUGGAAUGAGCGAUAGUAUAAUGACAUCAACGGAUGAUAAUGAAGACGAAUCAGCCACAUCUCCUCGUUCGGUUACAAGAACCAGUUCAUUUUCAAUGAAUAGCAACGAUAAUAAUAAUGAUAAUAAUAAUAAUGAUAAUAAUAAUAAUAAUAAUAAUAAUAAUAAUAAUCUCAAUAACAACCAAUCCUCCGACCAAUUUGUCGAUGAAAAUGAUGCAAUUUUGACCGUGGCGGAAAUCCAACGGCAAACUAUUGCUAAACUACAGAAACAACAAGAGGAGCAACAGAAGCAGCUACAACAACAAUUGCAACAGUUGCAACAGCUACAGCAUCUGCAGCAAUUAGGUGUUCAAACCACACACUCUACUAGCCGUGCAUCCAAUAGUAUUUCUUCUUCCAGCUUCCCAUUACCAGGAUCACCGGAAAGACAACAAGCUGAACUUCUAUCUAAUAACAACAACGUCCAUACUGCUCUAAAUGGUCCGCCUUUGUCUAAUACUAAUAAAACAAGUAAUAGUCUGGAUGGAUUAUUACUACCGCCCUUAAUGGCUGGUUUAUCAAAUUCUACAGUCCAAUCGCAACAAAAUAGCUUGGCUACAAGGCAAGCUUCAUCGAAUAAUAAUAUACCAUUUGAUUUCGCUAACAGCCCAGGUUUUUCUGGUAUGAAUUUAUCAACUAGUAUAAACAAUAUAUUGAGUCCAAACAAAUUUAACCAACAGCAACAACAACAGCAGCAGCAGCAACAGCAAACAUCCUCCUCGAAUCCAUUAUCAGCUUUGUUUUCCAACGGAAAUCUUCCAACGGAUGCUUUAUCUCAAUUGUCAAAAAUGGGUUUGAAUUUAAAAUCUUUCAAUAUGAAUUCCACUUCAGCUUUGGCUUCUUUAGCGUCCAUAGCAAAUCCAGCAAUGAUUUCUUCUUUGGCAAACCUAACGAAUCUAACCUCAAAUACUUCCAAUACUAACUCUGCAGGGUUUUUUGAUUUUAAUGAUUUGUUAUCAAAUAAAUAUAAUAACAGCCCUAUCGCCCAGAACAAUACCAGUGGUAAUAAUAGAGCUAUGAAAGCAUCCACUGCAGAAGAAGUACUAGCAAGUAUGCAAGAGCAUCAAGAACGUUUAACAAAAAAUACAGAAGAGAAAUCCAAUAGCAAUGAUGGUGUCAAUAAAAAUGACGCAAAUGAUGCGUCCAAUUCAAAUAUUCCGAUGACAACAGAUAGCAACAACAAUGCUAAUAGUAUUAACAAUAACAAUAAUGGUAAUACUAGUGCAAAUAGCGUAACUCCUAUCUUAUCAAGCAAUCCAUUAAUGAUGCCAUUGAAUUCUAUGAGCCCAAUGACAAAGACGAAUUCCCUAGAUUUACCACCAAUUAAACAAUUAGAUUCUAAUUUAAAUAAUGAUCCUGCUAUCAUAACGUCAAUGGAUUCUCAAAGAAAUACAGGGUUACAUACAUCUAACGAUUCAGUAUCGUCGAACUCGUCCUCUUCAUCAUCAUCUGUAUCGUCAACUGCUGAAAAAUCUUCAUCUAUUUCGAAAGCUGAUUCCACAGAAACUGCCCUGAUACCAAAAUUACUGCAAUUAUCUCCAAAAGUUAACUUAAAUCUAAUAGACUUGAAAUUGUUUCACCAUUAUUGUACAAAAGUGUGGCCAACAAUCAUAUCGGCAGGUAUAUCGGGCCCCGAUGUUUGGAGCACAUAUAUCCCAGAAUUAGCCUUUGAUUAUCCAUUCUUAAUGCAUUCUCUCCUAGCUUUCAGUGCAACGCAUCUUUCUAGAACGGAAACAGGCUUAGAUAAUUAUGUUUCAUCUCAUCGUUUGGAUGCAUUGAAAUUAUUAAGGGAGGCAGUCCUAAAUAUAUCAGAUGACAACAUUGAUGCUCUCGUUGCAUCAGCAUUAAUUUUGAUUAUGGAUUCAUUAGCCAAUGCUUCAUCGUCAAGUCCAACAAAUGUGAAUACUAUGUCCCCUUCAGCUUGGAUUUUUCAUGUAAAAGGUGCAGUUACUAUCCUAACUGCAGUAUGGCCAUUACCUGAAAAUUCAAGAUUUUUUAAUUUGAUUAAUGUCGAUUUAAGUGAUUUGGGUGAUGUUAUUAAUCAAGAAAAUGGGACGAUUUCAGAAUUAAUAUGUUUUGAUGAAACAAUUGCAGAUUUAUAUCCAGUAGAAAUUGAUUCUCCAUAUUUGAUCACUUUGGCGUAUUUGGAUAAAUUACAUAGAGAGAAGAAUCAAUUAGACUUUAUCUUGAGAGUUUUUGCAUUCCCUGCUUUAUUAGAUAAAACUUUCUUAGCAUUACUGAUGACAGGAGAUUUAGGGGCAAUGAGAAUAAUGAGAAGUUACUAUAAAUUGUUAAGAAGUUUUACAACAGAAAUUAAAGAUAAAGUUUGGUUCCUUGAAGGUGUGUCGCAAGUCUUGCCAAUGGAUGUUGAUGAUUACAGUAAUGGAGGAGGUAUGCACAUGAUGCUAGAUUUCUUGGGUGGUGGGCUGCCCUCUAUGACUACAACGAAUUUCUCAGAAUUUAUGUAA